CUUCAGAGCCGCCCGCAGAAAUUAUGCCCCAUGUUGGUGAGGGCGGCGGCCACGUUGGUAAAGGAACUUCAGCCCAUCCGUGCCGCUUGCCGAAAUUAUGCCCCAUACUGGGAAGGUCAAAGGUGAGACGAUCAGGCGGGAAACGCUAGUGGACGUUGAGAAGGGAAAGUUGGAGGGAGUUGUAAAGUGGUCGGUGACCGGCUUAAUGAACAGAAGAUACGCCAGCACGGGAAGGACGUGACUCAAGAGGGGCUGACCCCAUGGGGGAGUCCCCACUGGCCCGCACCCCCCUCCCUGUUCCUGCUUUCUUCCAGCAGGCUCAGGAGCCCCACUUCUCGAAGAAGAAGGGCCGGGGGGAAGGUUUGGCAGCGGGAGAAAGACCCACCCCCCGGCCCCCUGUCUGGGGCGGGCUGCCCCUCACACGGGUCUUCCCCAACAGAGCGAGGAGUUGGACCCGGACAAGGCCCAGAAGCGUCUCAGCCUCAUUACCCCUCAACAAGGGGAGCUACGAUGGCAGCAAGGACCUGCCCUACUUCGAGCAGUGUUUCCAGAGGAUCAGUCAGCUGGGGCGUGGUUCCUUUGGGGAUGUUUUUAAGGUACGAAGCAGGGAGAAUGGCCGCCUGUACGCGGUGAAGCGCUCGCGCCGGCCAUUCCGGGGUGAGCGAGACCGCCGGCGGUGCCUCGCCGAGGCCCGUCGCCAUGAAGGACUGGGCCCCCACCCCAACCUGCUGACCUUCGUGCGUGCUUGGGAGGAGCGGGGCCAGCUCUAUAUCCAGACUGAGUUGUGCGAGGGGGGCAGCCUGCAGGGGCAGCUGGUGGGGGCCCUACCCGAGACCCGUGUCUGGGAGGUGCUCUCCGACCUGCUCUGUGGCCUGGGCCACCUCCACCGGCGCGGCCUGGCACACCUCGACGUCAAGCCUGCCAAUGUCCUGCUCGGGGCAGGGGGCAUCUGCAAACUGGGCGACUUCGGCCUGGUUUUGCCGGUGGAGCGGGACGGAGAAAGGGCCAAGGACGAGGAUGAGGAGGAGGCACAGGAGGGAGACCCACGGUACAUGGCGCCUGAGCUGCUGGAUGGGGUCUACGGCACAGCGGCCGAUGUCUUCAGCCUGGGAAUGUCGAUCCUAGACAUCAGCAGUAACCUGGAGCUCCCUCGGAGUGGGGAGGGAUGGCAGAGACUGCGGCGAGGAUACCUGCCCCCAGAGUUUGUGUCUGGUCUCUCCCCUGCACUGCGGGACUUGCUGCGGUUGAUGCUGGAGCCGGACCCCCGGCAGCGACCCACGGUGGAGGAGCUGCUGUCGCUGCCCGCCCUACGCAGGGUCCGGCGGUGGAGGCACCUCCGGCUGGUGAUGCUGUCAGGCUUGGAGCGAGCACUGGUCCUGUGGCAGUUCCUGCUGUCCCUCCUCUUCUCCCUGUGGCGAGUUUUCUGCAGCCCCCUGCUCCAGCUGCUUUUCCGCCGGCCCAGUCCACCUCCAUCUUCUCCCCCUCCCUCCGGCCUAAAUGACAGCAGCCUCUUCAGUGACUGGGAGGACAGCAUCUUCGGGGAUGAUUUCUUUGAGCGACACCACAGUACUGCUCAGCCCAAGGUGCUCUUCCCGUCUCACUCCGAGGACCUCGAUUCCAAUGAAUUCAGUUUUCUGUCUGGCAGCGUCACCAAACCCUCAUUAGGGAGCACAUCAACCCCACGAAACCUGACUGCUGAACAUUCCAGUAUCCGAAGGACACCCAAUCGAGCCAGCCCCAACCUCAGCCGUAUUGGAGGGGACUCACCCCUCCCUUUUGCCGAGGAGGACAGGAUGGGCCCCCCUUCUGGCCGGCCAGCCUUGGAGCCCCGCAACCUACUCAGCCUCUUUGAAUCGGCCGAGUGUGACUGAGUGUGUUACUGUUGGGGAGGUGAGGGUUAUUUUAUAGGGAUGUGUGGAUGAAUCCUUUUCUGGUGGUAUUGGGUAGGGGCAGGGGAGUAUCAUUCCUGAGGAGCUGGGAAGGUGGUGAAGACUGUGGCACCAUUCUGCAGUGGGUGGGGAUGUAACACUGCUGCAGCGCUGGUGGCAGGGAGGGGAGAGUGAGGUGGGGGUAACCAUUCCUUAGUGGGGGGAGGGCUCAGGCUGUACUUUUGCCAGUUUAAUGGGUGGAGUGGUGGGCAGAGGUGGCUUUUACCAUUGCAAGGCAAGAGAGUGGAGUGUACUGUGUGGCCAACCCUGGUUCUGAUGUAGAUCCCCUUUCCCCCUCCCCACUCCCUCCAUCUUUCCCCUCCCAACCCACUCGGAGUUCACUGAUGACUAGAUCCGGGUAUUGUAGUUUCAGGAUCGGAAAUGGUUACAUUCUGCGCACCGCCGCUGUGUAAAUAUUAAAAUAUUGGAGUUUUUGUGUAUGUUUCCUUGAAAUAAACAGCUUGUUCUUUG